GGCUGAGGGGAGGCCCGGAGCCUUUCUGGGGCCUGGGGGAUCCUCUUGCACUGGUGGGUGGAGAGAAGUGCCUGCAGCCAACCAGGGUCAGGCUGUGCUCACAGUUUCCUCUGGCGGCAUGUAAAGGCUCCACAAAGGAGUUGGGAGUUCAAAUGAGGCUGCUGCAGACGGCCUGAGGAUGGACCAGAAGCCCUGAGCCGUGCUGCCCGAGUCCCCGGACCUGCAGAGCUUGACACUGAUGCAGCUGCCCGCCCUGGCUAUGAGGGAAAGCAGAUUGUGAGCAGCCCAGCAGGACCCCCACCCAGCCCUUGCCCCAUCCCCGACUGGAGCCCUGCUGUGGAGGCAGAGCCAGCGAGGCCAGUGAAGCAGGGCUGCUUGGCAGCAGGUCUGGCCUGUGACUUGGGGACCCCUCCUGGAGGCCAUGGACAGGCUGUACUGCUGAUGGCCAAGGUGAAGUAUGUGAGGAGCUGCCCUGGGAACCAAGCAGGAGGAAGAGGCUUUCAUAGAUUCUAUUCAUAAAGAAUAGCCACCAUUUUGCAAGGACCAUGAGGCCACUGUGCGUGACGUGCUGGUGGCUGGGACUGCUGGCUGCCAUGGGAGCUGCUGCAGGCCAGGAGGAUGGUUUUGAGGGCACCGAGGAGGGUUCGCCAAGAGAGUUCAUUUACCUAAACAGGUACAAGCGGGCGAGCGAGUCUGCGGACAAGUGCACCUACACCUUCAUCGUACCCCAGCAACGGGUCACAGGUGCCAUCUGUGUCAACUCCAAGGAACCCGAGGUGCUCCUAGAGAACCGAGUGCACAAGCAGGAGCUGGAGCUGCUCAACAAUGAGUUGCUCAAGCAGAAGCGGCAGAUUGAGACGCUUCAGCAGCUGGUGGAGGUGGAUGGUGGCAUUGUGAGCGAGGUGAAGCUGCUGCGCAAGGAGAGCCGCAACAUGAACUCGCGGGUCACACAGCUCUACAUGCAGCUCCUGCAUGAGAUCAUCCGCAAGCGGGACAACGCGCUGGAACUCUCCCAGUUGGAGAACAGGAUCCUUAACCAGACGGCCGACAUGCUGCAGCUGGCCAGCAAGUACAAGGACCUGGAGCACAAGUACCAGCACCUGGCCACGCUGGCCCACAACCAAUCAGAGAUCAUCGCGCAGCUUGAGGAGCACUGCCAGCGGGUGCCUGCCGCCAGGCCUGUCCCCCAGCCGCCCCCUGCCUCCCCGCCCCGGGUCUACCAGCCACCCACCUAUAACCGCAUCAUCAACCAGAUCUCCACCAAUGAGAUCCAGAGUGACCAGAACUUGAAGGUGCUGCCACCACCUCUGCCCACUAUGCCUACCCUCACCAGCCUCCCAUCCUCCACAGACAAGCCAUCGGGCCCGUGGAGAGACUGCCUGCAGGCCCUGGAGGAUGGCCAUGAUACCAGCUCCAUCUACCUGGUGAAGCCAGAGAACACCAACCGCCUCAUGCAAGUGUGGUGCGACCAAAGACAUGACCCCGGUGGCUGGACUGUCAUCCAGAGGCGCCUGGAUGGCUCUGUCAACUUCUUCAGGAACUGGGAGACAUACAAGCAAGGGUUUGGCAACAUUGAUGGUGAGUACUGGCUGGGCCUGGAAAACAUUUACUGGCUGACAAACCAAGGCAACUACAAACUGCUGGUGACCAUGGAGGACUGGUCUGGCCGCAAGGUCUUUGCAGAAUAUGCCAGUUUCCGCCUGGAGCCUGAGAGCGAAUAUUACAAGCUGCGGCUGGGGCGCUACCAUGGCAAUGCAGGCGACUCUUUCACCUGGCACAAUGGCAAGCAGUUCACCACCCUGGACAGAGACCAUGAUGUCUACACAGGAAACUGUGCCCACUACCAGAAGGGAGGCUGGUGGUAUAAUGCCUGCGCCCACUCCAACCUCAAUGGGGUCUGGUACCGAGGGGGCCAUUACCGGAGCCGCUACCAGGAUGGAGUCUACUGGGCUGAAUUCCGAGGAGGCUCCUACUCACUUAAGAAAGUGGUGAUGAUGAUCCGGCCCAACCCCAACACCUUCCACUAAGCCAGCUCCCCCUCCUGACCUCUUGUGGCCAUGGCCAAGAACCCACCCGGCCAUACUGGUCCAGCACAAUCAUCGCCAGUUCAUCUUGGGGCUGGGAGGACAGGGAUGCUGGAUUCUGUUUUCCCAGGUCACCGAGGCAGAUAAUGGAACUGAACUGAUAGGGUUUUCUGUUCCUCCUACUUUUCUUCAUACCAGACAGCCCCUUGUGUUUCCAGGACAGGACUGAAGAUAACUCUUUCUUUUUCAGUAAAUAAAGUCUCAACAAUAAAAACACACCUGCAAAAUACCUUCAUAAUA